UAGUGGGGUGGUGAUCUUUUUCUAAAUUGUUUUGAACAGUAAUAAAAUUGGUAAGAAAGUUGGAGGAAUCCCAACUUUUCAUUCCGUGUGAAAACAAGUGGAUUACCAGAUCAUUUUUCAAGCGUUUUCAUAUUGGAAAAAGUCACCUUUUCAACUUAAAAAAGAAAGCGUGGGGGUAAAAAAAACCCAGCUACAUCCACCAUUUCCAACCUGCCAAGAAUGAAGGCGAUCUAAAGCCCAGUUUCCAGCCUUUCUCGAUUCCCACCCAAUUUACCAAUCGCCCACUUCCGAUCGGAAAGAGAGAGAGGAGAUCACAGGAAGGGAAAGAACCGGGGACGAUCUCUUCGCAGCAUUUAAGAGUCGCUCCCGCUACGCUACGCUACGCACAGAUUUUAUAGUCAUAGCUCUAUGGCGAAGGAAAGGAAAUGAAAUCACUUCCGUCGGCAUUUUAAUACCUUUUUUUUAACUGGGAAAAAGAAACACACCUUGAAACGUCAAGCGACUUCACAGAUCGCUUGCAUCCAAAGUAACCAUGCUUAGGUUGAAAUGCAAGACUAACCGAAACAUAUGUGCGGAUGGCUAGUUGGAAAUCUUCAGGUUCAUUCUUGGAAAAUUUCUCAGCAAGAGUUUUUUGCAAAAUGGAUGCAGGAUCCACAAGAACAACAUCGGAAGCGCUCUUCUCCUUUGGACUCAUAGCAGACAUUCAAUAUGCUGAUAUAGAGGAUGGCUAUGAUUUCCUGGGAUUCAAUAGGAGGUAUUAUAAGCAUAGCCUAUGCUGUCUCCAGAAGGCAAUUGACGAUUGGAAUCGAACUGAGGUUCAGUUUGUAAUACAGCUGGGAGACAUCAUUGAUGGCUUCAAUGCCAAACAUAAGACAUCAGAGAAAGCACUGCAACAAGUUAUGAAGGAAUUUAAGAAACUCAGUGCACCAGUCCAUCACAUAUGGGGCAAUCAUGAAUUGUAUAAUUUCAGCCGGAAUUAUCUUAUGGAAUCUGAACUGAAUACCAAGUGCUUAGAAGACCAAAGUUUGUUUAAUAACUUUGUCAGAGAACAGAGCUCCACAGAAAACCCAACUACAGAGUUCUAUUAUGCUUACCAAUUUUCUCCAAUGCCUAAAUUUCGAUUCAUUCUUCUUGAUGCAUAUGACUUAAGUAUUCUGGGGAGGGAAACAUCAACAAAAAAAUAUAAAGAAUCUCUACAGCUGCUACAAGACAAAAAUCCGAAUGAAAAUCUGAAUAGUCCACUAGGGCUUGCUGAAUGCAAUUUUGUACAGUUCAAUGGUGGAUUCAGUCAAGACCAGCUGGACUGGGUUGAUAAAGUUCUUACCUAUGCUGAUGAGAAUCAAGAGAGAGUUGUGAUUGCAGGACACAUACCCAUCAACCCAGACUGCACCAGCAGUAUUUGCCUGGCUUGGAAUUAUAAAGAUGCCCUUGCUGUCAUUUAUUCACAUCGCUCAGUAGUAUGUUUUCUUGCAGGUCACCUUCAUUAUGGUGGUUACUGUCUAGAUUUUCACGGAGUCCAUCACUUGACUCUUGAAGGGAUUAUAGAAACUCCUCCAGAAAGCAAUGCUUUUGGAACUAUAUAUGUCUAUAAUGACAGACUGGUGUUAAAGGGAAAUGGAAGAAUUCCAGAUAGAGAGAUGUAUUACAAAGAUCAUCUAUACAAUUCUUCACUUUAAAUACUAUUGUGUUGGUGUGGGUUAGAAAUUGCUAUUUUUCCAACUGUUUUAAAUAAAACAGUUUUAAUAUUCAAUAGUGAAUAAAGCUAUGAAAUACAUUAUAUAAUUUUUUAAACAACAACAAAAGAUCCCGGUAAACUGAAUUUAUCUCAUAGUAUGUAUGUUGUAAUAACCAUUUGCUUAAAUGUUUACUCUCAUACGUUUCCUCUUUGGAGAAUUCACUGUCAAGUUUAAGUCUCAUUUGGAAAUUGAAUGGAAGCUCUGUUUGCUGAUAUGAAGACUGGAAAAAUAAAUAAAUUGGAUUGACAUCUGUAAUUUUGUAGUAAAACAAUGUUCUAUU